AUUUGCUAAUCUUAGUUUUGUUUUUGUUUCGGUAAAUAGUUGAAUUUUGAUGUUAUUUUAUUUGCCUAGUAUGUCCGUGUGGCAGCAUAUCUCUACACGAAUGUAUGGAAGAGUUGUUUUGACAAAAAACAAGGAUACCGAGCCAUGCUUGACCCAACAUUUGCGGUUUGGAAAAACUGCUAUGCCUGAUUGGUUUUUGUUGCAGUGUCGUGCUGCGCAAGGAUACUCCGAUUUUUCAAAGUAUACCAAACAUAUCAGGGAAAUGCAUUGUGUGAAAAUUAGUGUAAUCUUUGUCCCAGUCCUUGAACAAAAUCGCUGGUGGUGUGCUGCGUACUCAGUGAACACGAGGGAGAUCCUCGUGAUUGAUUCAUUGAGUACAAAGAAUGCAUUAUCAGUACAUGAACAAAGAUUGACAGAGCUGUUUUCAAGAGCUUGCCGGGGUCCACAGACCAUCCUAUAGAUACUCUAAAAUGGAAUCGUGAACCUAUAGAGAUGAUGGAGCAAACUGACGGUAAUAGCUGUGGUGUUUGCAUGCUGGCUGCUAUCAAGAUUAGUGCCACACGAUACGGGAAUGUGAAUCUGAUAUCUUAUAAAUAAUACUAUACCGAAGGAUGAGCACAGGUUCCACAUGUUCAGUCCUUUUUUCUUUCAGAAGAUUCUCAAUAAUAAAAACAGCUUUGGAGCAGUUGAUUUUGAGUUUGUACAUUCAUGGACAAAUGAUGUGAAUCUUUUUCAAAAAGAUUAUGUGCUGAUUCCUUUAUGCAUGAGUGAACAUUGGAGUUUGAUUAUCAUCUGCUAUCCUGGACAAGUGGCCCUUUUAGGCGAAAAAAAUAUGGAUGGGUCAACGGAAGUGCCAUGUAUUCUACACUUUGACUCCAUUAAAGGAAGACACGCAGACGCAAGGAUUGAAGAAACAAUUAGAAGGUACUUAUUUGAUCAUUGGAAGGUUAAAGAAGGAGUGAAUGAGCAAGAGAAUGAAAGGAUUGAAAAUAAUUUUCUAUCAUUGAAGUUUUCUUCCCUUGAGCUACCAAUGCAGGAGAACUCGUACGAUUGUGGCGUUUUCCUGCUUCACUAUGUAGAACAAUUUCUUGAGCUGACUUCAAACAGGACAACUGACUUUAUGGAACAGCUUGAUCAGAAUUGUGAAGGAAACCCAACCUGCAGAUGAAAAUGUCCAGACUAAGGUAUAUGAUAACUGAUUU